UUUUAUUGGUCUUUUCUCUAAAUGAUAGAUGGAGCUCAGAAAAAGGUAGAUAUUUUUCCUGAAAGAAUUUGGGGAUUUGGAGAGCCUGAUAUGCUGUCGCCAUGAACAACCAGAACGGCUUCGUUCAUCACCAUCACAAAACCAAGUCGGAGGUCUCAGUGAGUGAAGAUGACAGUAUUAUCAAUAAGAAACUACCUAAGGAGUUACUACUGAGGAUCUUCUCUUUCCUUGAUGUGGUGUCACUGUGUCGAUGUGCCCAGGUAUCCAAGUAUUGGAACGUGCUAGCUUUAGAUGGGAGCAACUGGCAGAGAGUUGAUCUAUUUGAAUUCCAGCGCGAUAUUGUCGGUCCAGUUGUUGAAAACAUUUCCAAGAGAUGUGGUGGAUUUUUAAAGUCAUUAAGUUUACGUGGUUGUCAGAGUAUUACAGAUGCUGCACUCAAAACAUUUGCACAAUCUUGUCGUAACAUAGAAGAGCUGAACCUGAACAAUUGUAAAGAAAUCACAGACACGACUUGUGAGAGUUUAGGUCACCAUGGACACAAGCUUGUCUCCCUAGAUAUCAGUUCCUGUCCACAGAUUACAAACCAGUCCCUCAAAGCCUUAGGUGAUGGUUGCCAUAGUCUGCGGGUCUUGAAUUUAUCUUGGUGCACAAAGAUCACAAAUGAUGGCAUUGAGGCCCUUGCAAAGGGUUGCCAUAAUCUCCACACAUACAUAGGAAAGGGGCUCUCACAGGUCACUGAUGCAGGAAUUGGACAUUUAGCCAAACAUUGUCAAAACCUCCAGAAGUUAGAUCUACAGGGAAGUAAUAAUAUUACAGAUGAGGCCCUCCACAGGGUUGGUCAGCAUUGUAACCAGUUGUUAUUUAUCUGUAUAUCUAACUGUGCACGGCUCACUGAUGCUUCACUUGUGUCUCUUGGUCAUGGAUGUCCAAAUAUCAGAACCCUUGAGGCUGCCUGUUGUUCACAUUUUACAGACAGUGGAUUUCAAGCCUUAGCAAGGAACUGUAACAAACUGGAAAAGAUGGAUCUAGAGGAAUGUAUACAAAUAACAGAUGCUACAUUAAAUUACUUGGCCAACUUUUGUCCCAAUAUUAGUGCACUAACCUUAUCUCACUGUGAGCUGAUCACAGAUGAAGGAAUUCGUCAUAUAGGAUCAGGUGCUUGUGCUACUGAACAGUUACGUAUUCUAGAACUGGACAAUUGUCCGUUAAUCACUGACGCAUCACUGGAACAUUUAACGGGAUGCCAGAGUCUCGAGAGGAUAGAACUGUAUGACUGUCAGCUCAUCACGAAAGCUGCGAUCCGUAGACUCCGAACAAGACUACCCAACAUCAAAGUUCAUGCAUAUUUUGCCCCUGUGACCCCGCCUCCAGCAGUGGGUAACGGUAGACAACGUUAUUGUAAAUGUUGUGUCAUUCUUUGAUAAAGGAUGUGUGAUGCGGGAACAACUUGCAAUGUGUUGUUGUGUCCAACAUGGCACGAAGAUGAAGCAUUGUUUUGUGUGAUAUCCAUGUGACAAACAGCUUUCCUUCUUCUCUCUAUCCAUGCUGUGGAACAGUAUUGGCAGAGGAUGGAAAGAAAAGUUCCCAAUAGAAGUGGCCAUUUUAUUUUCACAAAGCACACAAGGAAAAUUUUGUUUUUAAUGGAGAGAUCAGUAAACAUUUCACUGAUAUUUUCACUCCACAAAACAAGUGUUUUAGAGGAAUUUUAAUGCACACGUAUUUUAAAUUGUAUUAGGUGAGCAGAGUAUCACUCUGGUACAUGAGUAGGUCUAUCCCCCCACUCUCUCUCUCUCUCUCGUUACCAUAAUUCAUAUGAAAAUUUUGUUGUUAAUCAAAAUUUAUCAUAAAAAAUCUAUACAACACUGCUACAUAUUAAAUAGUGAUUGCAUUUUUUACCCUCCAUGAUUUUAUAUCAGUGAUACAUACAUGUGCAAUUUGCUGAAAAAAACAUUAUUCUGAAUCAUUUCUAUAAACUUGGCCCUCUGUGUUAAAACUUGCAUCAUCUAUUUACAAUUUUACCUGAUAAACAGUGGAGGCAUUUACUUGUGAAGUUAGUUCCUCUUACAUUGUUUAAGACUGUAUUACACUGAUACUUAAGUUACAUGUGUGUUAAUUAGUUAGUUUUGUGUUGAUUGUUUAUUUAUUACAUUAUGCUGAAUGUAAGAAGAGAUUAUUUGUUUUAUGGUUAUAAGUGUGGCAAUUCCAUAUGGUAUGAUAAUUAAUUUUUCAUAUGACUCUGCACAUUUCUUUACAUGUGUAACCAACUUGUUUUGCACAGUAGUAUUUUUUUUUUGAAUGGAUUGCAUUAUGUCCUGAAACAAUGGGGAAUGUUGAUCCAAGAUUUUUUCUGACAAGGAUUUUUCCUUCUGUUAAUUAUUACCAUAUUAAGUUCAAUGGUGUGUUUGAUGUGCGUCAACAACUUGCUCCUAAUGAUCAUGCCUUAAUUCAUGUAGUCAACAUUUGAUUCAAAGGAUUCCAUUAUUAAUUAUGACCCAUGGUUGGAAACUUUGUUUUUGCUGUCUCUGUUUGUUAGUUCUAAUGUCCUUAGUUUUUGAAAUUGGUUCUCCCUUGCAGGAACUAACUACAGUCAAAUCUUAUCGUUUAGAACUCCAUGCAGUGAAGAAAUAUCUAAAGAUAUGAGAUAUCAAAGUUUGAUAUUGAUGAAAGAAAAUUGAAAGGCAGUGGAGACUUUCAAAUCACUUGGAUAUAUAUUCGGCAUGUAUCUAUGAUAUUCAUGGGAAUGAUGUUCAAACUAUCAAUGCUCAACUGUAUUUUUUUAGAAACAGAUAAUCAGAUACAUUUUGUCAAGGUUUAAGCCUCAGAGCAAGUCAACAAAGAUUUUAGCAACAGUCAUAGAAAGAAUCCAGGUAUGAUGGUAUUCAUAUUUGGCAAACAGACCUUGAAUUGUUUUUAAUUGAAUUACUUCUGAAUCAUUUCUUGUACCAUUUAUUGCCUUUUUGAGUCGAGACUUCUAAAUGCAUGCAUCAGUUAUAUUCACCAGCACAUUUCAUUCAUUGCAAAUUGAUUGAACUCAACAUAAGAUUUAUUUGAUUACUUGUUGUUAUUAAUUAUUCAAAUCCAGUUUGCUGCCCAACAACAGGAAAACAAAACUUGGUAAAUUCAUACUUGGAUAAAUGUAAACACACACACAAUAAAUGGCAAAUUCAUUAAAAUGCAUGGCUUAAAACUCAGAAAAAGCUAGAUCAUGGUAUAUGGGAACAAUAUACUCUGAUGCAGAGGUUAACAAUCAACCAUCAAUGGCUGCAACAUUCAGCAAGACUUGACUCUAUCUCAUCUACAUGUAAACCAAUAAAGGGUCACAUAUAUAUUCUACAUGGUUAAUGCUUUCCAAGGUAACAGAGCAUGUGCUGAUGUUAUGGGUUUUUGUGGUAGAAUCUCAUUUACAGUUUUCAAUCUAUGGUUUGUACUUCAUUUGCAAAAUGGUAUUGAUGUUUAUUUUAGCUGUAUUAUUUUAAAGUUCCAGAAUAUGUAUGACCACAGUUUAAAUUGUGAGGAAAAAGACUUGAAUGAGUAAUUUAAUAAAAUGUCAGGAAUGAUUGGAAUUUUGAAUGGAAGAAUCUAUGUGACAAAAGAUUAGUUGUAAGCUUAUACAUAUUAUAAGAGCUUUCAUAAUGUAUAAUCCAUCUGAAUCAAGAUUUACAUCAGUGUAAUGUAUUGUAAAACAAUAACACGCCUUCAAAUAGGCCUAGAAAACGUGUCCAAUAAAGAAAGCUAGUAUUUGUGAUUUGAAAUUAAGUUGAUUUCAUUUUCAUCAUAUAUUUUAACUAGCUUGUUGCUUAUUUACACAUUUUACAUAGAUGUCAUCUGAUCUUAUUUAGUUUAAGCAGAGUGAUGGCCGCCUAGGAUAUGACGUGUCGUUGUCUUGGUAACAAAUGGUUGCCACAACAGCUGUGAUAUUGUAAUAUUACAAUUGAAUUAAUAUUAUGUAUAUGUGCAAUUUAAUGUCUGUCGAUAAUAAAAUGUUUAUUAUCA